CAUUUCCGAGAUAUUCAUGAGAAAUUACGUCAAAGCACGUACUUGUACGCGGCUGUAAUCAAAUGCAGUAGCUUGACACCCUGUUCUGUUUACUUUCGGGAAAUCAAACUUCUUAUCGUAAUUUAUAUAUAAUUUUUAAUUAAAGUUAAUUCUGGACGACCUUUUGUAUUCCGAGAAAGAGAAAGGUGAAACUUUUAAAUCAAGUUUCCUCACUCAAUUUAUUAAAGAAAAAGUAAAUUUUAUAAGAGAAAUAAUGUGUGAAGCAGAAAUUGAGAAAAUCAAGUCUCAAUUGAAAAUAGCAAGAAAUGAAAUAUCAAAUUUAAGUUUUCUCACUCAAUUUAUUAAAGAAAAAGUAAAUUUUAUAAGAGAAAUAAUGUGUGAAGCAGAAAUUGAGAAAAUCAAGUCUCAAUUGGAAAUAGCAAGAAAUGAAAUAUCAAAUUUAAGAUCUCAAAUAAACAACUUAAAUCAUGUUCAUCGCAAAGACGUCGAGUUAAUGAAAGCAACAUUACAAGAUUUCAGAUGUCAUGGCUGGUCAAUAAGUGAACCAAUGAAAGAAAGCAAUAUUGAACCAAAGGAGAAUGACUUAUCAAUAGACUUAAAGCCAAUUGGAUAUAUCAAAACUAUUUUCACAGAUAAGCGAGCGGUGCCACGACAGGCAAACAUAGCUGAAGGAAUAUUUUCAAGAAUUGAAUUGCUUAAAGACGUUUAUACGAAUCCACAACAGAGCUUGGAGACACUUGAUGAAUUUAGUCACUUUUGGAUAAUUUACUAUUUCCAUCGUAAUAUUUGUCACUUCAAACCGAAAGUUUCACCUCCUCGGUUGGAUGGAAAGAAAGUUGGCGUAUUUGCUACCAGGAGUCCUCAUCGAUUUAAUCCUAUAGGAAUGUCACUCGUUCGUUUAGAUCAUAUUGAGGGAUCUGUCAUAUAUUUUUAUGGAAGUGAUAUGGUAAAUGACACACCUGUGAUUGAUAUAAAACCUUACAUUCCUCGAUAUGACUGCCCUGAAAAAUUCAGCGACAAUGGAACUCUCACUCCGGAAGUUGCAUCAAUGAAAGCACGAGAAGAACCAGAGGGGGAAGAUUCACAAGAUGAAACAACCACACCUACUAGUUCGAGUUCAUCCCAGCAAAACUUAGCUGAUGUAAAAGUUCCAGCGUGGAUAAAUAAUCAUCCAACAUUGACAGUUAUUUUCUCUGAAAAUGCUUUAGGACAAAUCAAUGAAUUUAAAUUUAAUCAGAAAACAAUUGAAGAUAUUCUUAAGAAUGAUCCACGCUCUGUAUAUGUUCGAGAAAAAUAUUUAUCUCAAAUUUAUAACUUUCAAGUUGAUGGAAACAAUGUGAUAUGCAAAUUUGAUGAUGUUAAUGGAACAGUGACUGUUUUACAAGUGAGAAGAAUGUAAAGUUCGGCUUAUCUGUGUAAUGCUUUAAUUAAAAGAUUUCUUUAUUAUUAGUGUGCUUGAUUGCUACUUUUAAAUUAUUAAAAUGCAAUAAAUAUUUAUCAAGAAAAUUCAUGCAAAUUC